ACGCACCAGGUUCUUACUACAGCAGUUUUUCUCUGUGAGCUGAGCUGAGAAGCAGAGCUCUCUCCUCAUUCUCCAGACUUCACCAUGAGACUCCGAGACGGCUGUCUUCUGCUGGGAGUCCUGCUGCUCCUCACACACACCUCACACCAGCAGAAACCCAAUGCUAAAAAAGACUCCAGCGCUGCUUUGAAGGACCUGCAACAGCAGAUCGAUGACAUUGUGGUGGAACUGAAUCUUCUAAAGGAGCAGCAGGCUCUGCAGACUGUCUGUCUGAAAGGCACGAAGAUCCCUGGUAAAUGUUUUCUGGUGGACAGCGUGAAGAAGAGCUACCACACGGCCAGUGAAGACUGCAUCGCCAAGGGAGGAAUCCUCAGCACUCCGCUGUCUUCUGACGAAAACAUGCGACUAUAUGAUUACGUGCGCCAGAGCAUCGGGCCGGACGCUGAAAUCUGGCUGGGCAUCAAUGACAUGCAGACGGAGGGCGUGUGGAUGGACCAGGCCGGCUCAAGCAUCCGCUACAAGAACUGGAAGCCCCCGCAGCCCGACGGCAGAAGCGCAGAAAACUGCGCCGUACUCUCCGGCGCUUCCGGCGGGAAGUGGCUGGACGAGAACUGCAGCGAGCAAAGAGCUUCCGUCUGUGAGUUCAACAUCGUCUGAGAUCAUCCAGCGCCGGUUUGCAUGAUCUUAGCUGUCCUUUUCAUUGCACAAUCCUGCUUGCAUUGUGUUUGCUCUGUAAUUAUAUAUUUUUCUUUUGAGGAGAACA